AUGCCAGAUGCACCUCCCGUCAGUGCAAUUACCUUUCCAGACAGCGACAUUGCGGUGAAACUGAAAUUGGCUGUCCGAGGGAUUAUUGCUGCUUUCACCAAGAACGAGCGACAGGAUCUGGUCUCAGAUGAUGUGUUGCUCGCUUGGUACGAUAACAUUCAUAUACCCGAUGUCGUUGCGACGAGUGGCAUCCCAACAGCUCUACGAUUCGAGGCCGUAGGCCCAGACGCCGCUCCUCUGCCUUGGCUUGUGGUAUACCCAACAGAUGACAUAAACUUCACCAAAAGCGACGAAUUCAACCGGAUGCAACCCGGCGGUCACCCAGAAAUCAAGGGGCAUAUGUAUCCUGAUCUCGCUAAGAUUGAUCUCAGGAUCUGCGAGCGCAAAUACAUCCACAACGCUCCUGGAGAAAAGCCAGGCACGCACACUCUCCAUUCUCAAUUGCCUCAGACACUAAGUCAUCUCAGGAAGGACAAAAUUUGUUGUGGCAUUGAAUACGUCGAGAAGCUGGACAAAGCACCAGGCUUUCGACGCGCCACCAGCUACAAUCUCGUUUCGUCGUUGACGGAAGGUGCUUCUCGGCGCUUGGCCCUUCACGAGUUUGAAACCGCGAAUAUUCCCUGGGCCGGGUUGGCAGAGGCGCGGGCUGAUCCAAGAUCCAAGGAGUUGCUCAGUAAAGCCGCUGUUGUUGACGAAUACGACUAUCAACUGGUCACUGAAGCGGGUGAUAAGACACAAGCGCUAUAG